UUCCACUUCCGUCGAUACGCAUACUUUGGUUUAUAGACUUUUAAACUUUCGGAUCAACAAAAACUUGUCUCUUGUAGAGAUUUUUGGUAUCUUCUCACCAUCUUGGAACCUAUUUAUUGUCAUCAUCAUCUUUUUGUGAUAUUUUAAAUUUUAUUUAGAUUCUUUUCUAUUUUGUUUAAUACAUUUCUUUGAUUGUUUUUUUUGCCAACUCGUCUUCCAUACUAAUUAAUCAUGCGUAUAUACAAGGAUAUGAUCACUGGUGACGAAAUGUUCACCGAUUCUUCUAAAAUCAAUCUAAUCGAUGACUGCCUUUACGAAGUAGUUUGCCAACAUGUUGUCCGUAAGGAGGGAGAAAUCCUUUUGGACGGUGCCAAUCCAUCUGCUGAGGAAGGUGGUGAUGAAGGAACUGAUGAACACGUAGAAUCUGGUCUCGAUUUGGUCCUUAAUCAGCGUCUAGUAGAAACUGCUUUCAACAAAGCUGAUUACAUGAACUAUCUCAAAACUUACACUAAGACCUUGGCCGACAAAUGGAAGGAAGAAGGUUUCACUGAAGAACAAAUGGCCGAUGCUAAAGCUAAAAUUACUGAAGCUGUCAAAAAGAUAAGACCAAAACUUAGUGAUUGCUCAUUUUACAUGGGUGAAAGCGCCAACCCCGAUGGAAUGGUUGCCCUUCUCGACUACCGAGAAAAUGCAGAUGGCAAAGGUGAAACUGCUUAUAUGUUAUUCUUUAAACAUGGUGUUAUCGAAGAAAAGGUUUAAUUGCUGAGCAAUUAGCCACUCCUCAAUAUGUUCUAUCAAUAUUGAAAGAAUUCAAAUUUAAUAAACUUAUAUCUUGAUCACCGAA